UGUAGUGGAAAAAGAACACAUCAAAAGAAUUCAAGAAAACAAGACACAUCUCUUAUAUACUAUCCAGCAGAAACACUCAGUUUGCUGUUCGGAACACAGAUUUCCUGAGAGUUCCUGUGUUCUUUGAGAAACAAUGGCGGUCUGGACUGUCUACCUGUCUCUCUGUCUUCUGGUAGCUUUGAAUGCUUCAGUGGAAACCCGUCCUGUUGAAAGUAAACAUUGUGGCGUCUGUAAGGAAGGAUGGUCUGCCUUUGGAUGCAGAUGCUUCAGGUUUUUCAGUUCCCAUUACACGUGGGCUGGAGCCGAGAAAUACUGUUUGUACUAUAAUGGGAACCUUGCUUCUGUACACAGCCAUGAGGAGUACAUGUUUAUACAGAAGCUGGUUAGACAGACAACUCAUGCCACAACACGUGCCUGGAUCGGAGGCAGUGAUGCUGCUGAGGAGGGAGUUUGGCUCUGGAGUGAUGGAACCCAAAUGAUCUAUCAAAUAUGGUCGCCUGGAAAUCCCAAUAAUUAUCUUGGAAAAGAGCACUGCCUUGAGAUGAACUAUGGCAAUGGCAACUGGAAUGAUGGCAACUGUUCUGUAAAGAAGCCCUUUGUGUGUGCGAAAUGAACCAGCAUGUGAAGAAUCAGUGUAGAAGAAACAAGCUACUUUGAUUCAUUUCCAUUAGAAAUGUUCAAUGGAGGCUAAUAAAUGUUAAAGGUUACUUUUUUUUUUUUUUUUUUUGUGAAAGAAGUUAAACAUCAUUUUAUAAUCAUCACUCAACGGUCUCUCUUUUCACACAAACACAACUUAGUAAAUGGCUACCAACAGUAAAACAACAACCACAAACAAAAAAACAUGCAGAUUAGAAAUAAAUAAUUAAUUAAAAAAGUAAAAUGAUUACGUGAAAAAGUUAUAUUAAUGGCACUCUUAUUUUGUGUCUCACCACCAGAUCAUUAUCCUGUACCUUCAUUAAGUGUCAAGCAUUUACCCCACUUUCUCCUAAACCAAAUAGUCUAUAUGAUAUUUUUUCAUAUGCUGCAACUUUCCCCAAUUCUGUAACAGGGGCGGAGCUAUGAUUGACAGC